CCCCCCUUCAAUUCUCUGCAAAAAUCAACACAAACAAAUUAAUCAACAAAACGCCAGACAUGGUUUCACCAUCACCCGAGCACACAUCCACCACCUUCUCAGGCUCACACAAGCGGCUAACUAUGGGCCUCCUCAUGUCCAUAUCAUCUCUCAUGGCUCUCUGGGCUAAGCACGCAACCAAAGUCUCCACCAAGCUCAAGACCACAGCCACCAAGUCCCUCCACCACCGCCACCACCACGACGGCGAUAAAACUCCAAGACUACUGUCUCCGAAAUCGCCGAUUGUCGUCCGACCGAAGCAGCUGGUGACUCAGAUAAGCAACAAGGCAAUCUCGUUUAUUCACAACAAGAAAAGAGCCAACGAAGACAACGAUGUUGUUGCGGAUUCUGAGCAGUUCGGGGACGGUGGGGUCUGGCAGAAGGCUAUCUUGAUGGGAGAUAAGUGCCAACCGUUGGAUUUUUCAGGCGUGAUUUAUUAUGAUAGCUGUGGGAAGCAACUUAAUGAGAUUCCUCUCCGAUCACCACGUGCCAGUCCCAUGCCUGGAUACUCGACUCGCGGGAAAUUAGUCAAAAAUUGACAUAAACUCCAGUUUACUGGUUUUUUUUUUUUUUUUUUUUUUUUUUUU